GCUGUGUGUGUGCGUGCGCGCGCGCUCCCUCCAUCUCUCCCUCCAUCCCUCCCUUCCUCCUUCUCUCCCUCCCUCUCUCCCGCCCGCCGCCGCCGCGCCGCAGCCGCGCACCGGGGCUCCGGCACCCGCCCCUCGUCCCACCGCGAUGCCUCGCCGCUGCUGAGCCGGCCCCCGGGCGCCCGCUCCUGCACCCCCCGCCCUCCGACAGGCUGAGGACAUCUGGGACCUGUUCUGUGGAAGCGGCCAUGUCGCAAGCAACUCACCCACCCACCUUCCCAGUGAGCUUCCAACUCCUGAGCGUUGUGCUGGUGUUGCUCUUCCAUGCAGAUGGCAUACAUGCGGAGGGCCCCAGCGAAUUGCCCGUGAACGACACCGAGGAGUGCACUGGCUCAUACAUCUGCAAAAAGGGUGUGAUUUUACCAAUAUGGGAACCGCAAGACCCCUCAUUCGGUGACAAAAUUGCUCGGGCAACGGUAUAUUUUGUAGCAAUGGUGUACAUGUUCCUGGGAGUAUCCAUCAUUGCUGACCGCUUCAUGUCCUCCAUCGAAGUCAUUACAUCCCAAGAGAGGGAAAUAACCAUCAAGAAGCCCAACGGCGAGACCAGCAAAACCACAGUGAGGAUCUGGAAUGAGACCGUUUCCAACCUCACACUAAUGGCCUUGGGCUCGUCUGCCCCUGAGAUUCUCCUGUCUGUUAUUGAAGUGUGUGGCCACGGCUUCACGGCAGGAGACUUGGGACCAAGCACAAUUGUGGGGAGUGCUGCUUUUAACAUGUUUGUCAUCAUUGCGAUCUGUGUUUAUGUGGUUCCAGAUGGAGAGAUAAGGAAGAUCAAGCACUUGAGAGUGUUUUUCGUUACAGCGGCCUGGAGCAUCUUUGCCUACACUUGGCUUUACAUUAUUUUAUCUGUGUCUUCUCCUGGGAUUGUGGAGGUUUGGGAAGGCUUGCUCACCUUCUUCUUCUUCCCCAUUUGUGUGGUGUUUGCCUGGAUAGCUGACAGGAGGCUUUUAUUUUACAAGUACGUCUACAAGAAAUACCGAGCCGGCAAACAGAGAGGCAUGAUCAUUGAGCAUGAGGGUGACCGGCCCUCCUCCAAAGCUGAUAUCGAGAUGGAUGGAAAGGUUGCUAACUCUCAUGUGGAGAACUUUUUGGAUGGGACACUGGUGUUGGAGGUAGAUGAGAAAGACCAGGACGAUGAGGAAGCCAGGAGGGAAAUGGCUCGGAUCCUGAAGGAGCUGAAACAGAAGCACCCCGACAAGGAAAUUGAACAGCUUAUCGAGUUGGCCAACUACCAGGUCCUGAGCCAGCAGCAAAAGAGCAGGGCCUUUUACCGCAUUCAGGCUACUCGGCUCAUGACAGGUGCUGGCAACAUCUUGAAGAGACAUGCUGCAGACCAGGCCCGCAAAGCUGUCAGCAUGCAUGAGGUCAAUAGCGAGGUGGCAGAAAACGAUCCCAUCAGCAAGCUCUACUUUGAGCAGGGGACCUACCAGUGUCUGGAGAACUGUGGCACGGUCGCCUUGACCAUCAUUCGGCGGGGAGGUGACUUGACCAACACAGUGUACGUGGACUUCCGGACAGAGGAUGGGACGGCCAAUGCUGGCUCUGACUAUGAGUUCACUGAAGGGACAGUGGUCUUCAAGCCUGGAGAGACCCAGAAGGAAAUCCGUGUUGGCAUAAUCGAUGAUGACAUAUUUGAGGAGGAUGAGAACUUCCUGGUUCAUCUCAGUAACGUCCGUGUGAGCACUGAGGCCUCAGAUGAGGCCAUUCUUGAGGCCAGUCGUGUCUCAACGCUUGCCUGCCUGGGAUCACCAUCUACUGCCACCGUCACCAUCUUUGAUGAUGACCAUGCUGGCAUCUUCACUUUUGAGGAGCCAGUAAUGCACAUCAGUGAAAGUGUGGGGACCAUGGAAGUGAAAGUGUUGCGAACCUCUGGUGCACGAGGAAAUGUUAUUGUGCCCUACAAAACCAUAGAAGGCUCAGCCAAAGGUGGAGGAGAGGACUUUGAAGACACCUGUGGGGAGCUGGAGUUCCAGAAUGAUGAAAUAGUCAAAACGAUAUCAAUCAAGGUGAUAGAUGAUGAGGAGUAUGAGAAAAACAAGACCUUCUACCUAGAGAUCGGGGAGCCCCGGCUGGUGGAGAUGAGUGAGAAGAAAGCCCUGUUGUUGAAUGAGCUUGGUGGCUUCACCAUCACAGGGAAACUCUGGAAGGGCAAACCCAUCUUCAGGAAGGUCCAGCCUAGAGAUCAUCCUCUUCCUUGCACCGUGAUCACCAUCCAAGAGGAGAAUGAAGAAAAGCAUCCCCUGACCAGCAAGGAGGAAGAAGAGCGUCGGAUCGCGGAAAUGGGGCGCCCGGUCCUGGGGGAGCACACCAAGCUCGAAGUCAUCAUUGAGGAAUCUUACGAGUUCAAGAACACAGUGGACAAGCUCAUUAAGAAGACAAACCUGGCCCUGGUGGUUGGCACAAACAGCUGGAGGGAGCAGUUUAUUGAGGCUAUUACUGUUAGCGCAGGUGAAGACGACGAUGACGAUGAAUGUGGGGAGGAGAAGCUGCCCUCCUGCUUUGACUAUGUGAUGCACUUUCUGACCGUCUUCUGGAAGGUCCUUUUUGCCUUCGUGCCCCCAACAGACUACUGGAAUGGCUGGGCUUGCUUCGUUGUCUCCAUCCUCAUGAUCGGCCUCCUGACAGCUUUCAUCGGUGACCUGGCAUCCCACUUUGGCUGCACCAUUGGCUUGAAGGACUCGGUCACCGCAGUCGUGUUUGUCGCGCUGGGGACAUCAGUGCCAGACACCUUUGCCAGCAAAGUAGCAGCGACGCAGGACCAGUAUGCAGAUGCCUCCAUCGGGAAUGUCACUGGGAGCAAUGCCGUGAACGUUUUCCUGGGCAUCGGGGUGGCCUGGUCGAUCGCAGCCAUCUACCAUGCGGCGCACGGACAAGCUUUCCAAGUCUCACCUGGCACCCUGGCCUUCUCCGUCACCCUCUUCACCAUUUUUGCUUUUAUCAGUGUGGGUGUGCUGCUCUACCGGCGGAGACCUGAGAUUGGAGGUGAGCUGGGCGGGCCGCGGACUUCCAAGCUGCUCACGUCCUCACUCUUUAUCCUCCUCUGGCUCUUGUACAUAUUCUUCUCAUCUCUGGAAGCCUACUGCCACAUAAAGGGCUUCUAAAGGGACAAUCAGAGAUAGUAAAUAUAUGUAUAUCUAUAUGUAUCUAUAUAGAAUGAUAUAUAGGUAUAGAUAUAGAUAUAAAGCUGUGUAUAAUGAACAGAGAAAGAAUAAAAGAGAUUUGCCAUGUUCACACACCUGCUGACGGAAA